AAUGGCUCAUUUGCUCAAGGCAUCAUCAUUCAAAUUAUGUUUUGACAAGACAGACUUAAUGUGAUCAUUACUCUAAUGGCUUUUAUGAGAAUGCCCUGAUGUUCCCUUUCUUUUGUGGAGAACUUAACUGGGUCUGUGUUUCAGCCAACCUUUGCCGCACAGCACACUGCUGACUACCGCCAUCAUCUCGUCAUUUUGACCUGCUUAUGGUUCCUGUGCUGGACAAUAUGACCCCAAGUUCUCUCACACAGAACUGCUCCAACUGCAGCCAAGUUUCAGUCCCAGAGCUUAACGUGGUCAAAGCUGUCAUUCUGGGCUUGGUCCUGGGUGUUUUUAUCCUGUUUGGGGUUGUUGGAAACAUCCUGGUAAUCCUCUCUGUGGUUUGCCACCGACACCUGCGGACCGUCACACAUUAUUUUAUAGUAAACCUGGCAGUGGCAGACUUGUUGCUCAGCUCUACGGUGUUACCCUUCUCUGCAAUUUUUGAGAUCCUGGAUCGGUGGGUGUUUGGCCGGGUCUUUUGUAAUGUUUGGGCAGCUGUGGACGUGCUCUGCUGCACAGCUUCCAUUAUGAGCCUCUGUGUGAUCUCUGUGGACCGCUACAUUGGAGUCAGUUACCCUCUGCGGUACCCGUCUAUAAUGACCAAACACAGGGCUCUGCUGGCUGUGAUACUGCUGUGGGUGCUCUCUGUCAUCAUAUCUAUCGGACCUUUGUUUGGCUGGAAAGAGCCGGCACCAGAGGACGAGUCCAUCUGCAAGAUCACAGAAGAACCAGGCUACGCCAUCUUCUCGGCCGUGGGCUCCUUCUACCUCCCUCUGGCCAUCAUAUUAGCCAUGUACUGUCGGGUUUACGUGGUGGCUCACAGAGAGAGCCGGGGGCUAAGAGACGGCCACAAGACGGAGAAGUCAGACUCGGAGCAGGUGAUUCUCAGGAUACACCGCGGGAACACAACCGUGUCGGAGGACGACUCCCUUCGCAGCCGCACACACUUUGCACUGCGGCUGAUCAAGUUCUCACGUGAGAAGAAAGCUGCCAAGACCCUGGGCAUUGUGGUUGGCUGCUUCGUGUUGUGCUGGCUGCCCUUUUUCUUGGUGCUGCCCAUUGGUUCCAUCUUCCCUGCAUAUAGACCUUCAGACACUGUCUUCAAGAUUACCUUUUGGCUCGGUUACUUCAACAGCUGCAUCAACCCGAUAAUCUACCCAUGCUCCAACCAGGAGUUUAAAAAAGCUUUCCAGAGUUUACUUGGAGUUCACUGUUUGCGAAUGACUCCCAGACCCCACCACGACCAUCUGAGUGCAUCUCAAAGUCAAACCCAGGGUCACAGCCAUGGCCUGGCUCUCAGUCUUGACAGCAGGGGGGCUCCCUGCAGGCUCAGCCCUUCUUCCUCUGUAGUUCUGUCCAGAACGCCCUCCUCCAGGGACAGCCGGGAAUGGAGGGUCUUCUCUGGCGGCUCCAUCAGCAGCAGACCCGGAGCAGCUGAAACAAGCAGAACUAAAGUGGCCAAACUUUGCAAUAAAAGCCUCCAACAGACCUGCUGCUGCAUCAUUAGUGCUGAAAGUCCCUCAUCAGAGCCUCCACCUAUCGGAGACCUCCCAACCAUUAAAAUCCACCAACUGUCCCUCUCAGAAAAAGGGGAGCCUGUCUAACCGUUGAAGCUAUUUAUGUAUUAGUCAUGACUCCUCUAAUGUCAAAGAUGAGAAAAUAAUUAUUGUAAUCUUUGAGAUUUGAAUGCCUAACUCCUCAGUUUAAAUGGAUUCCCUUCUUUUUUGUUUUUCCCUUUCUGGAUAUGAGGUUGUGACACAUCUGUUUUGGCAUAAACUGCUUUUCUGACUGCUUCUCUACAUGUACUUCCAGAGUGCAGGUGUGCAAAGAUGAAAUUAUGGCAGCCUGAUGAGGACCAAGAUUUCCACAUGUUUACAUAUUUUAUAUAUUAGUGUAAUAGUGUAAAUAAGAAAUAUCGUUAUGUUGCCUCUUUAGAACCUCCUGCUGUUCCAUGUGUCUCAAAACUUUGUCUCAUACCGCUCCUGUUGUGGAAAUAAUGUUUGUACGUGGUUGAAACCAAAUGGACCUUGGAUACUCUUGUGUCACUUACAAUAAAUUGGUAAAAAUAUUCCCAAGAAUGGAUUACCAGG